AUGGAUGCCCUGGAUGAGUGUGAAGAUAGGGGUCAACGUCAAUUAGCGGAAGCUUUACGCAAGCUCGAGUGGGCUAGACUAGGCAAGGUUGCCUUGAAAUUACUACUGACAAGUCGACCAUAUACUCAUAUUCAACGCCAGUUCGGCUUUUUCAACAAUCUCAUACCUGCCAUUCACCUAAAUGGGGAAGGUGAGGCCGAGGUCGAGAAGAUUUUCAGAGAUAUCAAUGUUGUUAUUGAAAGCAAAGUUAAGGACCUUGGCUCCUUGCUCCAGCUCCUCCCCGAAGAACAACAAACUCUGAAAGAUGAGCUGAACCGGAUUCCGCAUCGGACAUAUCUCUGGGUCCACCUGAUAUUUGAAAUUAUCAAGGAUAGCGUCGACAUUACGAAAGAGUCCUUACGCACAGCUGUCCGCAAUCUUCCCCCAACAAUCGAGGCUGUUUACGAUAAAAUUCUUUGCAAGACUUGCAAUCCUUCAAAGGCCAAGAGGAUUUUGCACAUUGUCGUAGCCGCUGCAAGGCCAUCGUCUCUGGGAGAGAUGGGCCUGGCUCUGGCGAUCAGAGAAAAUCACAAGGGAUAUGGUGAUCUCGACCUCGAACCAGAAGGCCGAUUUCGCAGCACCGUUAGAGAGAUCUGCGGCCUCUUUGUGACCAUUAUAGACUCGAAGAUCUACCUGCUUCACCAAACUGCCAAGGAAUUCUUAGUCCAGAAAAUGCCCUGGAACUCAGAUAGUAUUAUCACCAACGAGACAGGCUUUCUUCAUUGGAAAUCUUCCCUCCGGACAACAGAGUCUCACCGAAUUCUCGCAGAAGUCUGCAUGUGGCGCCUCCUCUGGAAAGACAUUGCAGUCUAUACUGCCGACGUGGCCGCGGACUCAAAGGAAUGUGUCAACAAUCAUAUUUUGCUCGAUUAUUCUGCCCAAAAUUGGGUAACUCAUUUCCGCAAUGCCCAAUUGGAUGACAACCACGCGAUGGUUUCCAUGGCAUCCGGACUUUGUCAUCAAGAUCCAACCACUCCGUUAUUUUGGUUCAAGAGCUAUUGGAUGAGUCAACGUUUGAAUGAGCGUAUGGUUUAUCCCAAAGGACUCACCGGGCUCAUAAUUGCUUCUUUCUGUGGGCUUGAGUGUGUGGUCAAGUUACUUCUUGAAAUGGACGGUCUUGACUUGAACUCGAGGGAUGAUAGGUACAAGGGGACUGCAUUGGCGUGGGCCGCCGAGUACGGCCACGAAGGCGUGGUCAAACUUCUGAUUGCCAGAGAUGAAGUCGACAUUGAUUCAGAAAAUUCCCAGCGUCGGACGCCGUUGUCGUUCGCUGCCGAACUCGAUCAUGAGGUCGUCGUCAAAAUGCUCCUUGAAAGCGGGAAGGCGGCUGCGGAUGCCAAAAGUAAUUAUGGCCGGACACCAUUGUCGUAUGCUGCCUCAGGUGGGAACGAGCGGAUUGCUGAGCUAUUGCUGGGCACGGGCCAAGUCGAUCCGGAUUCCAAGGAUAAUAACAACCGCACGCCCCUUUGUUGUGCGGCAUGGUGUGGUAGAAUCGCCGUUGUCAAACUGCUGCUCCAGACACACAGGGUCGAAGCCGACUGUGGGGAUGACUACGGUAGGACACCGCUUUUAUCUGCAGCCCGGAAUGGACAUGAGGACGUUGUUAAAUCAUUUCUCAGCACAGGGGAAGUCGACGGGAAUUCUCAAGAUUCGAGAGGACGGACUCCAAUAUGGCGCGCUGCGCGUAGAAAGCAUGACACCAUUGUUUGGUUGCUUCGACUCUCGGGCUCUGAAUAG